UUAUUUUGAUGCAAUUUUCUUUUUAUUUUGAAGGCUGAUUUGAUUAUACGUAAACAAGUCCAGUGAUGCAAGCUCAAGUUUUGUCUGCCACCGUGAAUCGAGUUGAAAUAGUAAGAACAAUAAAUUACGGACAGAGGUAUAUAAUCGAUCUAAAAUGUGCAUAUAAAGGACAGGUGUGCGUUUCUGUUUUAAACAUGAAAAGCUCUGAUUCUUCUUUUGAGUUAAGAAAAGGUCCUAUUUAUUUUUUCUCUACUUAUGGGUCCUGUUUGUGUUUUCACGUUUAUGGCAAUGUCGUAUUUUGGAAUGCAACUAAAAGAUCAUUGGGGACUAAUUAUUCUCAAUGGCAUACGCUAGAUGAACUAUCCACUGGAUACACACCAAAAGGAAUGGCAGCUUGUAAAUCAGGAGCCGUUUUGGUCUGUCUCUGGAACCAGCAGGUACAUAACCGUUCUCUGGGUAAAGUUCUCAAGUUAUCACAAAAUGGUAGAAAACAGUUCGAAAUAAGCACAGACAAAAAUCGACCCAUUUUUAUUUGUCCCACCUACAUAGCAGAAAACGGAAAUGGAGACAUCUGUGUUUCUGACGUGAACGCCGUGAUCGUCACGGACGCCGGUGGCUUUCUGAGAUUCCGGUACACAGGAGCACAAAGUGAUCCCCAGUUUGAUCCAUACGGCAUCUGUUGUGAUUCCAAGAAUAACAUAAUUGUAGCUGACAUGGUGAAGAAUAGAAUUCACGUGAUUAAUCAGAAUGGCGAGCUUCUUCACUACAUUCAGUAUAAAGACAUGCACAAGCCUCGUGCUCUCUGUAUAGACGAGGAUGACAAUAUGUAUGUGGGGGAAUGGUUGUCUGAGGAAAUCAAAGUCCUCUCACUUCAGUAGCAAAAGAAAUAUUUAAAAAUCUUAUUAUAAGGUGACAUUGGUUAGGAUAAAUGUAUAUACAUGUAUCAUUUGUAUAAUUAUGAUUGGAUAUACAUUGUGAAUCAUUUAAACGAAUGUGCAUUUUACUGAUUAUAACUUGUAAACUAAACAUCUUUUGUAUCUAUUCAUCUCCAUUACUAUACAUUAAAUAAAAAUAUUGGA